AGGUGGUGAACAGAGCCCCUCCUAAAGUUGCUUGGGAGAAGUCAUUUAUUAAAAGGCCUGCUUGACCUAGCCAUACCUGGGCCCGGACGCUGGGGCGGGGCCUCCAAACCGGGAAGAUAUUUUCAGCAAGCUUGUUCGUCAAGGGAGUGAGAGGCCAAAAGGAUCCGCAACUGACCGCUGAGACAGCUUCUGGGGGCCUGAGAGCCAUGCGUUCUGCCUCUGCCUGGGAUGGAUCACAGAGACACCGACUUAUAUGAAGACUACAAGUCCCCAUUUGAUUUUGAUACAGGAGUGAACAAAAACUAUCUCUACCUGUCCCCUAGUGGGAAUUCAUCUCCACCUGGAUCACCUACUCAGAAGUUUGGUUUGCUAAGGACAGACGCAGUACCUGAGGAGGGGGAAGAUGCUGCGGCCACGCUCAGUACCACUGAGACGCUGUCAGAAGAGGAGCAGGACGAGCUGAGAAGAGAGCUGGCCAAGGUAGAAGAAGAAAUCCAGACUCUGUCUCAAGUGUUAGCAGCAAAAGAGAAGCACCUAGCAGAGAUCAAGCGGAAACUUGGAAUCGGCUCACUACAGGAGCUCAAGCAGAACAUCGCCAAAGGGUGGCAGGAUGUGACAGCCACGUCUGCAUACCGGAAGACCUCCGAAACCUUAUCUCAGGCUGGACAGAAGGCUUCAGCAGCCUUUUCAUCUGUUGGCUCUGUCAUCACCAAAAAGCUGGAAGACGUAAAAUUGCAGGCCUUUUCGCAUUCCUUUAGUAUACGCUCCAUUCAACAUUCAAUUAGCAUGCCUGCUAUGAGAAACUCUCCAACUUUCAAGUCAUUUGAAGAAAAGGUUGAAAACUUAAAGUCUAAAGUAGGGGGAACCAAGCCUACUGGCGGGGAUUUUGGAGAAGUCUUGAAUUCCACUGCAAAUGCCAGUGCCACCGUCACAGAGCCGCCUCCAGAACAGACACAGGAGAGUCUGUGAGAUCGCUACCUUUGUUCCACUACCCACUGCCAGAUGCUGCAAGCAAGAUCCAAGCACAUCUUGUCAACAUUCAUUGCCAUGGAUUUCUACCAGAUGUGCUUUUAUUUAGCUUUAUGUAUUUCUUUGACCAAAUAGUUUUGGAGUUAAACAAAAUGAAAAUAUCUUCACCUCUACUCCUGGGAAACACCCUGAAUGUGCAUUCAAGGCUAUUUAGGGAAAUACUGUUAUAAAGACACAAGUAGUACCUGGAGACACGUGCUAGAAUGAUCUAAGAAGCAGGUGAUCAUAGUUGCUUUUCUACUUUACAAAAUUGCUCUGCAUCUGAGAUGCUACUUGGAUCUUUGUCUUCUAGAUUUUUUUUCUUCUUUAACUCCUCUGUUAUAUGACUCCUAAUUCAAAUUGUUCUUUUUUAAGUUUUCUGAAUCUUUUAUUAGUUAUUAAAGUUUUCUGUGCCAUUUUAUUUACAUUUAAGGGAAGAAUUUACCAGCUACAAAAAACAUUGUUUUGAAUAAAGUUUUCAUAUAACGUAUAUAUCUUGGGUGUGUGAAGAUAUCAGAAUGAAGUAAAGAACUUUAAACUCAAUCUGUUAUGGUUGUGUGACAGUAUGUACAGUAAUUCCAACUACUGGGUGACUUGGGAGUAGGACUGCCCCAUAUCGUUAACUGCCCUUUAUGACUGUAACCAUUUCAGCAUAUUUGUUAUUGUGUCACUUGUAUCGAUUUUGACAAUACUGAAAUUUUAUUUUUGGACUAAAUGGACAGUUGACCAAAUAACAAGUCAAGCAUAUCAGGUAGAAAUACAAGUGUGCUCAUCAAUGUGUAGCUCAAACACUUGAAGUGUUUUCCAUCUUGAUGGUUGUAAACAUGGAGGUCAAUCACAUUAGGUGAAGAACUGCUGUCUCCAUUUAAUCCAUUUAGCACCUUUUAAAAUAAGCACACAGUUAUACAACUGAUAUAACUUGAACAUUUUUAUACUAAGGUGUUGGUUAUAACUCCUGAGGGUGUGAUUUAUUAAUAAAAAUCAAUUCAUCAUUCUCUACUUGUUUGCGGUGUUACAAAUGGAACUGCAGACAUUGUUCCUAUUUUAAAAACUGGGUAUCCAGGCUAGUGAAUCAAAUCUUCUCUGCACAGAGGCCAAGGUACUCUAAUUACUGCUACUGACUUACCAUCAGCACCACCACUAUUUCCUUAUACUAUACCUUUAUGGCCUAUCAUGUUAUCUGUUAUUUAUCAAGUUGUGAUUGUUUUAUUGUUUAUGCCAAAUGUUAACUGCCAAGCUUGGAGUGACUUAAAGCAGUUUUUAAAAGCAUGACUAGAUUUAGUUCAAGAUAAAUUCUUCUAAAACUCAAAUUUAAAAAGCCUCAAUGUUGAUUGUUAUAAAAUGACAUGCUACCAUUCUUGACUGCUAGAGCUUUUGUUAGCACUUUGGAUGCAACUGAAACUAUGCUCUAUUACAUGUGCAAAGCUUAAUAAAUUCUGCAUACACUA